CCAGUGAUUUGUUAUACACUAUGGAGAGUGGUAAGCACAGUGUUUCUGCUUGAGAAGGCUCAGACAUGUUUGUUUUUCCAGGUUUACAAGAAUCAUGGCGGUUCGAGGCUCUGUGGGUUUUACGAGCUGCUUAAACCCACACUUAUGGUAUGGGAUCCUGAACUAGUCAAGGCCAUCUUGAUGAAAGACUUCGAUCACUUUGUCGAUCGCCGACAUUUCACAGUCACAUCAAAGAGGGACGAAGUCAUAAGCGAGAUGUUGACAGUAGCGAGAGGGAAUCAUUGGAAGGGCAUCCGCUCAGUGCUCUCCCCCAGCUUCACCUCUGGCAGAAUGAAGGGGAUGUUCCCCCUGGUGGGGCUCAAGGCUGACGCUCUCCUGGACUACAUUCACAGAGAAACGAAAACCAAACCGAUCAUUCAACUGAAGAAGAGCUUCGGUCUGUACACUCUUGAAGUCAUUUCAUCAUGUGCCUUUGGUAUGGAAACAAAUACUCUCGUAGAAGGUGACUCCACUAUUAACUCUAUGGUAGAGAAACUCUUCAAGAUCACCCCAGCCAGAAUGGUAAAAUUAGUUUUCUUCACAAUGUUCCCCAAAAUUUGUUCAGCUCUUCGGAUUAAUUUGUCUCAGCCUGAGAUGACCUACUUCCAAGAUAUUGUGAUAGAGACGAUGAAGCGCCGAGAGACCGGAGAGAAGCGGGGAGACUUCCUCGACCUCAUGAUGGAGGCUCGAAGCGACCAACAAAAUCCCAACUCCAAGGCCCCAAAAUACC